AUGGGUAGGUCUGGUUUCAGAUUUGGUUUCGACUUGAGCUUUGUUUGGAAUUUCAGCCAUGGAUACAACAACAGAAGAGAAGGGCAGAGUUUGAAUAAGGAAGAAAACCCUUUCCCGCCAAGGGAAAGCAGGGUUUACAAAGGUCACAAGCCAAACCUAGCUCUGAUACCAUCUAGAAUGAGAGAGCCUCUUGUGGAAAUAAUUCUCAUUGAUCAUAACAUAGGCCAUAGAAGUUUAAGACAUUCUAUGGGUAGUCUGAGUUUCUAUUGGGCACAAAGGUUUCAUAGGUCCAGGGUCAAAGCUACAGCAGAAAAUGUUGAUGAGGCUGUUCGAGAACUUCCUGAUGCCAACCUGACACCAGAAGACUUGUGGGCUUUGCACUCUCAAGCUGUAUUCCCAAGGCCUCACAAACGAGACAGUACUUCUUGGGCAGCAAUAAGAAAGAUCACUGAAGCCGGAGAAAAAAUUGGACUCAAUCACUUUAAACCGGUACGACCUUUGGGCUGUGGAGACACUGGCAGUGUUCAUUUGGUGGAAUUAAAAGGUACUGGUCUGUUGUUUGCUAUGAAGGCAAUGGAUAAAUCUAUCAUGCUCAAUCGUAACAAGGUUCAUCGAGCAUGCAUUGAAAGAGAAAUUAUCUCGCUUCUAGAUCAUCCAUUUCUUCCCACACUCUACACCUCGUUUCAGACGCCUACACAUGUUUGCUUGAUAACAGAUUUUUGUCCUGGAGGAGAGUUAUUCGCAGUGCUUGACAAACAGCCCUUGAAGUUAUUUAAAGAGGAAUCAGCAAGGUUUUAUGCAGCAGAGGUUGUCAUUGGCUUGGAAUAUCUUCAUUGCUUAGGAAUAAUAUAUCGGGACCUGAAACCCGAAAAUAUUCUACUUCAAAAGGAUGGGCACGUCGUAUUAACUGACUUCGAUCUAUCAUUUAAGACAGCUUGUAAUCCCCAAAUUUUGAGGCAUCCUCCGCCAAAGAGUAGAAGAUCAAGGAGUCAUCCACUUCCAGUAUUCGUUGCAGAACCAAAUACUCAAUCAAAUUCAUUUGUUGGAACUGAAGAAUACAUUGCACCGGAAAUCAUAACUGGUGAGGGCCACAGUAGUGCUAUUGAUUGGUGGUCUCUUGGAAUUUUGUUGUAUGAAAUGCUUUAUGGCCGGACACCAUUCAGGGGAAAGAAUAGGCAGAAGACAUUUACCAACAUCUUGCACAAAGACCUCACCUUCCCAAGCAGCAUUCCGGUAACGCUUGCAGCGAGGCAGUUCAUAAAUGCAUUGUUAAAUCGAGAUCCUGCUAGUCGUUUAGGAUCUAAUGGAGGUGCCAAUGAGAUCAAGCAGCACGCUUUCUUUCGUGGAAUUAAUUGGCCCCUCAUUCGUUGCAUGACUCCACCACCAUUAGAUGUGCCUCUUCAAUUGAUUGGAAAAGAAGGCGGUGCAAAAGAUGUUGACUGGGACGAGGAAGGGGUGCUUAAGACAUUUGCCAACAUCUUGCACAAAGACCUCACCUUCCCAAGCAGCAUUCCGGUAACGCUUGCAGCGAGGCAGUUGAUAAAUGCAUUGUUAAAUCGAGAUCCUGGUAGUCGUUUAGGAUCUAAUGGAGGUGCCAAUGAGAUCAAGCAGCACCCUUUCUUUCGUGGAAUUAAUUGGCCCCUCAUUCGUUGCAUGACUCCACCACCAUUAGAUGUGCCUCUUCAAUUGAUUGGAAAAGAAGGCCAUGCAAAAGAUGUCGACUGGGACGAGGAAGGGGUGCUAGUACAUCCCAUGGAAUUAUGCUAA